AUGAGUUCCAAUGAAUCUGAAAUAGAACCUUUUCCUGUUGACCUGGAUGUAAAUUACAAUCCGGCACUUCAUGAAACAUAUCACCAGCAAAUAUACACCUCGCCUAUAAAAGUAGGCGAGGGCAGCUUUGGAAUUGUGUGUAAGGCGGUCAAUAAAUUUAAUAAUAAAAAAUACGCUAUAAAAGAAUUUAGAAGGACUUUAACUUCGGACUUCAAAUAUACCGAAAUUCAGAAUAAUGAGAAGGUGGGGAUCCACCCAAACUGCGUUAAAUUUUAUAUGGCGUGGGAAGAGUGUGGGGAGGUAUAUAUGAAGAUGGAGGCUUGCCAAAUGAGCCUUAUGGAUUAUUCGAAAAAAAAUAUUAUACAAGAACCGCUUGUGUGGGAUUGCUUAUACGAUAUGUGCAAAGCCUUGAAAUAUCUGCAUGAGAAAUUACUAGUCCAUCGAGACGUGAAAGCUAGUAAUAUAAUGCUUUACGGCACAUACUUUAAAUUGACAGAUUUUGGAACGAUUAUUGAUUUGAAUGAGCAACCUGAAAGCACAACGUCAAUAAAGAUGAAGUUAAGCAAAGAUGAUGUACGCAGCAGAAAUUUCCAAAGCAAAGUAAAACCAGCACGCGACAUCCUCGAGUUAGGAUUAACAUUCUCGAGGUUGAUGACUGGAGUUCGCUGGAGUUCGCCUAGUACUACAGAGGUAGCACCUGACGUUUCUGAAAGUCAAGAGAGUGAAUUAAAAAAGUAAAGCGAAGAGGAUAUCGAAACAGAUUAUCAAACAGAAUCCAACUUCAAAAUACGUGAGGAGCCGAAAAAAAUAGAAAGCAAUAAUUAUUGCUCCGAUCAAGAACCAAAAGACUUUUGCAAUAAAAAAGAUAAUGAAAUAAAUGUUCAGAAAAAUGACAGCAAUUUGUGCGAGGAACCAAAACAAAUAGAAAGUAGCCAAGGUAAUGAAACCAACAACAAAGUUUAUAAAAACCCGAGAGAAAUAGAAAAUGGAGAAGGAAUCGGAACAGACCAUCAAAUAAGAACUGAGAGCAAAAUGUGUGAGAAUUAA